CGCCUGGGCUAACCCGCGGGGCCGCUCACAACCCGGCUGAGGCAGACGCACCCGGGAACCCGAGACCCGGGCAGGGUCUCCGCGCCCUGCGGAGUGGCCUGUGAUUGGAGGAAGAGCCUGUGCCGGUGUGGCCCGUGCAGGUGCCAAACGGGUGGCUCCAGUCCGCCCCGCGCGCCAAGCUGCGCGCACUGGGUCCCGAAGCGCCCGCGGGCGCUCGGCCGCCGAGCGCGUGUCCUUUCGGAUGCAAACGCCCGGGUUCCAGGCGCCUGACGCCACCGGGAGGUCAGCGAGGCCCCAGGUACCUAUUACACCAUUCCUUGGCAAAGACUUUUCAGCAGUGGUGACCUCUUCCAAUCCAACACUCUACAAAUUAUUAUCUCUGGACUCCCAGCUGACACCCUGCCGGAGGCAAGAGCUACUAAGCCAACUGGAACUGUGCCUUUUCUCUUGUCAAGGUUUUUUUCUUACACAGGAAAAAGAAAGAAAAAAAAAAAGAUGAAGUUGGGUAAAGUGGAGUUCUGCCAUUUCCUGCAGCUCAUAGCUCUUUUCCUGUGUUUCUCUGGGAUGAGUCAAGCAGAACUCUCAAGGUCAAGAUCAAAACCCUACUUCCAAUCAGGGCGGUCCCGGACCAAGCGCAGCUGGGUGUGGAAUCAGUUCUUUGUGCUGGAAGAAUACAUGGGUUCGGAUCCUCUCUAUGUAGGAAAGCUUCACUCUGAUGUUGAUAAAGGAGAUGGUUCCAUCAAAUACAUCUUGUCAGGCGAAGGGGCGAGUUCCAUUUUCAUUAUUGAUGAGAACACUGGGGAUAUUCAUGCUACCAAGAGACUGGAUCGGGAGGAGCAGGCCUACUACACGCUCCGAGCCCAAGCGCUGGAUAGGCUCACCAACAAGCCCGUGGAGCCCGAAUCAGAGUUCGUCAUCAAAAUCCAGGAUAUCAAUGACAACGAACCCAAAUUCUUGGAUGGGCCUUACACAGCGGGAGUUCCAGAAAUGUCUCCUGUAGGGACUUCAGUGGUACAAGUGACAGCAACGGAUGCUGAUGACCCUACUUACGGGAACAGUGCCCGAGUGGUCUACAGUAUUCUGCAAGGGCAACCAUACUUUUCUGUGGAGCCCAAGACAGGAGUCAUCAAGACUGCCCUUCCAAACAUGGAUAGAGAGGCUAAAGACCAGUAUUUGCUUGUCAUUCAGGCAAAGGAUAUGGUUGGUCAAAAUGGCGGACUGUCAGGAACUACAUCAGUCACCGUGACCCUGACUGAUGUCAACGAUAAUCCACCUCGCUUUCCUCGAAGGUCUUACCAAUACAAUGUCCCAGAGUCAUUGCCUGUAGCCUCAGUCGUGGCCCGAAUCAAAGCUGCCGAUGCAGACAUAGGCGCUAAUGCGGAAAUGGAAUACAAAAUUGUGGAUGGUGAUGGACUGGGGAUCUUCAAGAUAUCUGUUGACAAAGAUACACAGGAAGGAAUCAUUACAAUUCAAAAGGAACUGGAUUUUGAAGCCAAAACAAGUUAUACGCUACGAAUAGAAGCUGCAAAUAAAGACGCUGACCCCCGCUUUCUAAGCUUGGGGCCAUUCAGUGACACAACCACUGUCAAGAUCAUCGUGGAGGACGUAGACGAGCCCCCCGUGUUUUCUGCACCCUUGUACCCCAUGGAGGUGUCGGAAGCCACCCAAGUGGGCAAUAUCAUCGGCACUGUAGCUGCUCAUGACCCGGAUUCUUCCAACAGCCCCGUGAGGUAUUCAAUUGACAGAAACACAGACUUGGAGAGAUACUUCAAUAUUGAUGCCAACAGUGGAGUUAUUACAACUGCCAAAUCUUUGGAUCGAGAGACAAAUGCAAUUCAUAACAUCACAGUUCUUGCAAUGGAGAGCCAGAAUCCGUCUCAGGUAGGAAGAGGCUACGUGGCCAUCACCAUACUAGACAUUAACGACAAUGCCCCUGAAUUUGCCAUGGAGUAUGAAACCACGGUCUGCGAAAAUGCCCAGCCAGGGCAGGUUAUCCAGAAGAUCAGUGCAGUUGAUAAGGAUGAACCAUCCAAUGGACACCAGUUUUACUUCAGCUUAACAACAGAUGCCACAAAUAACCACAAUUUUUCAUUGAAAGAUAACAAAGACAACACGGCCUCCAUACUCACCAGGAGGAACGGCUUCCGGAGGCAGGAGCAGUCUGUGUACUACCUGCCCAUCUUCAUUGUGGACAGUGGGUCCCCGUCGCUCAGCAGCACCAACACGCUCACCAUCCGCGUCUGCGACUGCGAUGCCGACGGCGUGGCGCAGACCUGCAACGCCGAGGCCUACGUCCUGCCCGCCGGGCUCAGCACCGGAGCGCUGGUGGCCAUCCUGGCCUGCGUCCUCACCUUGCUGGUGCUGAUCCUCCUUAUUGUCACCAUGAGAAGACGGAAAAAAGAACCCCUCAUUUUUGAUGAAGAGAGAGAUAUUAGAGAAAAUAUUGUCAGAUAUGAUGAUGAGGGUGGGGGAGAGGAAGACACAGAGGCUUUUGACAUGGCUGCCCUGAGGAACCUCAAUGUCAUCCGUGACACCAAGACCCGCAGGGAUGUGACUCCAGAAAUUCAGUUCUUGAGUCGACCGACUUUUAAGAGCAUCCCAGAUAACGUUAUUUUUCGGGAAUUUAUUUGGGAGCGACUGAAAGAAGCUGAUGUUGAUCCGGGCGCUCCCCCGUAUGAUUCUCUGCAGACUUAUGCAUUUGAAGGGAACGGCUCAGUGGCUGAGUCGCUCAGCUCUUUGGAUUCCAUCAGCUCAAACUCUGAUCAGAAUUAUGACUACCUAAGUGACUGGGGACCUCGCUUUAAACGCCUGGCGGACAUGUAUGGAACUGGCCAAGAGAGUUUGUACUCAUAGCCUUGGAACCUUCACUUGAAAUGUACUGAAGAAAAAGAGAAAAAAAAAAAAAAAAAAAAAUUAAAAAGACACUACAUUCAGAAAGCAAGAACUCCACUAGCGGGAGAAAAAUGGUUGUAAAUAUUUCUCCAUUUUUAACUGCUUAGAUUUUCUGCCUUGGUGAAGCAUACCUUCCUUAGACUUAUCCAAGGGACUGCACUGACCACAGACUCUGAGCAUUUGAAGGUUUUUUUUUUUUUUUUUUUCAUUUUUGUUUUUGAUAAAAAAGAAAUGCUCAGUGGUUUAUGAAUAGAUAGCAACUCUCAUAUACCUGCAGAGGCACCUAACCUCUAUGAGUAAGCGGUGCCCCAUGUUGUCAGUGAGCUAGUAAUUGCCCUGUGCAUACCUUCUUGGUACUGCCAACCAGAGGAGUAGAACGUGACGUGCCAUUGAGAAAUCCUGGAACUCCUUGCGUAUCAAAAUCCUGGGACAAAUUUAAUUCACAGCGAUGCUUUCUAGCUUGACAUAAGAUAGAAUCCAACAGAAUUUUAUUGCUGUCAGUUAGCAAAAAUAUUUUAUUUAGCAAUAUACAAAUUCUCAGAAUAUCUUUCCCAAAAGAAAACCCUCAAAUAAUGGCCACUGAAAUUUUAUUUAAGGCAACAUAAACCGUUGUUGAGCCAAUAAAUUGUAAAGUGUUUCAAAUAAGAAAAAGGUAUAUAGUUCUUCAAGUUUGCCAUAGUCUUGAGAUGCUUGUGUAGGUAUGAUUAAAAAAAAGUUGCUGUCUAUUCGUUGAUUUUUAUUAUCUCUUCUGAUUUGUACAGGAGACUAUCUUUUGUUUUUUAUUUGACACAUGGUGUUAUGUUUAUUUUGGAGCACCAAUCUCCAGUAAAUUCAGGUCCAUCUUAACUGCCUCAUAGUUUUAAACUCAUCAGAACAUACUGGUUUUUCUCCAGUCUGAGCUACAUGAGAUGAAGAUGGAAAUGGAGAAUUAAUAGUAUAGCAAUUGAGCCCCGUUCUAGUUCACAUCUUAAAGAGGAGCACAGCAAAAGGACAUACAAAUUGUUCUUCUGAGCCAUUAGAAUGUACAAAACAGUGGAAUAAAAUAUUUGUAUUUUAGACAGAUUUCAGAGAGAAUCGAGAUUUUCUUUGAUGCAAGGUUUAUUUUCCAAGGUCAUGAGUUCUGUAUGCUCCAAAGACUUUCAAGAAUCAGUUUAUCAACCUCUUUUGCUGUACCGUUUUGAGUAAAAGACUGAAUUUUUAAAUAUAUUUUAAACAAUAUAACAUUAUCGAUUUCAAGUCCAUCUUUAAAUUAUGAUGCAAAUGUGUUCCUUAAGAACUAAAUGAUAUGUCUUCUCUAGUGGUUUAGAUGUGCCAAAUGAAGAGGGCAAUUGUAAGUAAUCACAUGUAUUUAAGUUUGAGAUAAAUGUCUCAAAAUAAGAAGACUUUUUUAACCAAAAUAAUAUUUCUACUUAUUUUUCCUAGAUUAAUACUAGUUUAAUGUGCAUAUAACCAAGUGAGAAUGGAUUUUUUUUCUUACCUUCUCAUUUUAAAAAUAAUCCAUUGUCCGCUUCCUAAUAAAUUUACAGAUAGUGAACACUGUGUAGGAAAUCAUGUUAUAAAAGUGCUCCUUUCUGAAAGCAGACACUGGAACCCAGAAUAUUACUACGUUGAUUACAUAAAGAGAAACUAUGUAGGAUUCUGUAAACCUGCAGUCCACAUUCAGAAAUGACGUAUAUGAAAGUGGCCUUCAGUUUCAUAAAAAUAAAUGAUACAAUAAAUUUGAUUAUCUGCAAACAGUCCUUUAAUUUGAGUAAGGGUUUUUAGAUAUUGUUUAUUCACUAGAUAGAUAAGCUUCUUGCUAUAUUAAUAUACAUAUAUCUAAAACAGAUCCAUAAGGGAGUUAAAGAUACUGUUGAUAAAUUUUAUUUACACGUGUGAAGUUUUCAAAUAAAAAUACAUAGUCCAAUAAAAUCAGAGUGUGGUACAGGAAUUAUAUGUAUGUGAAAUCAACAAAGUGCUGAGAAAACAGUUUUGUAAUGAUCCCCCUUGUUGUCUACAAGAAGAUAAGAUAGUUUAGUAUUUUGGAUGAUGAUGUUAAAACUGCUGCUUGUACCACUUAUCACUGAAUGAAGGUUUGUACAUAUUUUAGAAGAGGAACAUCACAUUAUGCACUAUGCCUUCUCUCCUUUUAAAAUGUGCAUAUUUUUCCUGUAAUUUUUUUCACAUUUACCAGUAAUAGACUGAAAAAAGUUUAAAUUGAAAUGAUGAUUGAAAAUUAUUACAUAUAUACAAUUACUGUAUAUGUAUACAAAUGUAUCAAUAUAUUACUAAAGUUGGUUCAAUACUAUUUUUAGAAAUUGUUUGAGAUAGCUGAAAGCAAAGUCCUUCAUAUUGAUAGAAUUUAUAUGAAGAGCUCAAAGCUUAAUUGUAAUGGUGGUAAAUUUGUUUAGCUUUUCUUUUUCUUCUAAAAUUUAAUGCCACAUAAGAUUAUCUGACAUAAACUUGAAAGACAAGCUUUGUUUUAAAAACAAAGACUGGAUGACAUGAUGACAUCAAUCAUCAAAUUAGUUAAAAGAUUUUCCAAAGAUCAUUUAAGUAAACAUCCAUGAUUUCGUCAUUUAAAUUCAGCAUUGUACUGGAAAUAGUGAGAAUCAACUCCCAAGACAGAAUUAUGCGAAUCUCUUUCCAAGUCCACUUCCAGUGGUAUCAUUUCCAUAGGUUGAUGUCGACCUUGGUGGGAAUGCUUAGACAAUUGUGAUAGGGAGCAAGUCAUUUCCUUUUUUAUGGAUCAUCAGUUGUUGAAUAUUUGCCAAGCACUCCACUAAUUAAGUUAUUUCAUAUAAACAAGCAUCACAAUCAUAGAUACAGUAUGAAUGCACAGAACAACAAAUCAUGACAUGAAAAGAAUAAACACAGAUGCAAGAUGUGAUUUUCUCAUAUAACACCCUUGGAAAUAUAUUUUAAGGACCCACUUCAUUAUGAGAAGCAAUGACUUAACAACAUCAAGUUAGGCAAUAGUGCAAGGAGUAAAAAUUUUUAAUAUUUUCCAUUUAGCCCUACAUGGGCACAAAAAAAUUCACAGUGUUUAAUGUAAUGUGCAUUUUGAACAAUUUAACUUCCUUAAAAAUUAAUCGUGUUCCAUUUUUUACUGUCCACUUCAAGAAAAUACACCAAGGUGCCUAUUCUGAAUUAUUUUUGCAUAAUUUUAAAAUAUGGAAAUCAAAUCUUAUUAAGAAAGCAGAGUUGCACAGAUCAAGUCAAAAUUAUGAUAUUGAUCAGUCUCUCCUGUAAAGCAAUAUUCAAAGACAGGUUAUCAGUUAUAGACCAAAAUCAGGGAGGCUACAAUAAGGAAAAAAUAGGCUUGUGGAGGCAGUGAGUGGAUUAUUCUACCAGCAGUUGCCAGAUGGACCUGGUAAUCUUUCUUCUUUUCCAAGAAGCUGCCCUGAGACUGAAUGCAGUUGAGGUCCAAUGCCUAUAAAAUACACACAGGAAGAGAUGACAUUUAAGUGAUGACCCCUGUCUUUUCACUCUGCCCUCUCAAAAUGUUUUAAAUUAUUUUAAGUUCAUGCACAAUUGCAUUUACUACAUGGGAUGAUGAGCAGGCAUAGGCAAUUACUCUCAUCGUAACAGGACAGUUCUACAAGAGAUGAGCAGUAUUUGUGAUAUGACCUAUAAACUCAAAGAAACACACAUGCUGAGAGGGUGUUAGCAUUUAUAUUCAAAUACAAAAUCUAAAGGACCUUAAACUAAAUUAAAUAAAUUAAAAUUUACAAGGCCAACAAUUUAGUUUCAAAAUGUUAAAGUUUUUAACUAUUAGUUAUAGAUAUUAAUCUUCAAAUGUUCAAUGUUAACUUAAUAUCUAUUGACUUACAAACUGUCUUAAUUUCCCUAAUUGUUUUUUAACACAAUUUUAAGGUUUAUUUACAAGGAAUCUAAUUAAAUUAAAGUUGAUUAAAGCUUCCACUGACUUAAUUCUUGCUGGUCAGAGAUGGCUGGAGGCAGGUAGAAUAUUUAUGAUAAUUAAUAGAUGAACCAAUUUAUUUUUAUUAGUUUAUGUUUAUUUGAUCUUACAUCUGCAGCCAGUUAUUUUAAGUUAUUAAUAUUAUAUAUUGUUUAUAUAUGUUCUGUUGUAUGCAGAAUUGGCAUUGAAAAUUAAUACAACUUUGUUAGCCAAUUUGAUAUAAUAAAGGGUAAGAAAGGAUUAAUAGCAUUUGUAAUUUGAAUGUAAUUGAUAAUUUUUUCACAUAAGUGGGAAAAUGGGAGGUAUCUAAGGCUGAGAUUGGGCAAGCAUUGUAACGUAAAACCUGGGAAUAACUCUUUAAGCAAAGAACAACACUCAGUGUGUGUGACAUUCUAAUGCUUUAUCAUAGUUAUGCUAUCUUCUAUGUUCAGAAUUUCCCUAAAAAGAACAGUGCCACUGUGUGUGUGUGUGUGUGUGUGUGUGUGUGUGUGUGUGUUCGUUCCCAUGCACGUGCAUGUAUAUGAGAGAGAGAGAGAGAGAGAGAGAGAGAGAGAGAGAGAGAGAGAGAAAGAGGUAGAGAGAGAGGGAGAGAGGAAGAGAGGAAGAUUGGGAAAUAUUGAGAAGUAUGAAGCAACUGUAAACAAAUGAGUCUAACAUCACCUGCCUAAUGCUAGUAUGCUAUUGUCAUUUGCCUAAUGACUGUUAGGCAAUAAGACCAGAAAAUCUAUACAGACAGAAAAACUAAUUUUUUUAAACAAUCUAAUUCGAUUUAUAGUAAAAGAAAGACUUUUAUGGCUAAGAGAAGAACAUUUAGCUAAACCAUCAAUAUGACUGCCACAUUUUAUUUCUUUUGUAUAACUGUGACUUCACUGUCAACACAGAAUAUGGAAUGUGAAUUAUUUAUUGUGGAAUAUCACUGGGCUUUAUCUUCUGGAGUAUCAGCCUGGCAUACAAGAAAUUACCCCUGGUGUGUGGUUACAAAAUCAGUCAGUUGUUCAAUCUGAGCUUCAUUUUACUGAGUCCUAGAUUCCAUUGUAACUCUCUACACGUUUAUAUUCAUGAUUGCAAUUGAGUUCAUGAUAAUCUUGUCUACUUCAGAGGCUUGUGAGAUGACUAAGAAAACAUACUGUGUAAACUGUAAAAUGCUGUAAAAAUGUAAAGCUCUAAUAUGGAAAAUUAUGGAAACUAUGUGAAAAGCUUGAUUAUAUUUAUUGUUAUAUGGUGAAUACAGAUAAUUUCUGUUUUUUAAAGUGUGCACUAAGGGAAAAAUACAUGCAAUAAGAACCCUAAAUUGGCAAAAAUAUUUUAAAAAAUAGUUAUAAUUAAGGAAUAAUUAAUUAAUUGGUAACAGUCUCAAAAAAGCUGUCACAAAUCUUUAAAAUUAGGGUCUAAUUUAAACUAAGUCAAUCAUUUAUAAUAAUUAGGAUGUCAGCAGAGGCAAACAAUGACAAAGAAAACACAACUCUCCCACUCAUGAUGACCACUGAUGGGAGUUAAAGGGAUUCAGAUGAGCCCAGCCUUGUGGCAGAACACUAACACAUCCAAGUAGAGAGGACCAUCAAGAGGCAAUUGUGCACAGAAAGUAGGAGUCCUCCAAACAUCCAGAGUAGACAAAGUGAGGUUCUAUAGAGCUCAUUAUUUUUUCCAGGUACAGUGGCAUAUAUAUAAUUAAUUUAUGCAUGUCCAAGAACUAAAUUACAGUAGUAUUGACUUCACAAAAAACAAAAACACAACAAUCUCUUGUUUUGAUUACUCAAAAUCACUUCCAAUAUCUUGCAGGCUCUAACACAUCUUAGCCUUUUAUAAAUGAAGAAACGCUAUGAAAUAAAAUACUAAUAUAUACUGGAGACUACUGUUUGUCAGUUAUGUUCUGCUCACUAGAAUAUUGUUAGCUAAUAAACUCUCUUCUCAACUAUUAGUUAUCUGGUUAUUUGUUGUUCAGAUGAACAGACAUGAACACAUACAUUAAUAACUUUAUAACUAAUGAGAAAGUUGAGAAAUACUACAUACACUCAUUCAAAACCAUCGAUUACUGAAUUUUAAUUUCAUUAAUUAAUGUAAUUGUGCUAAAGGUUUAUAUUUUUAUAAGCAGGAAAAUUAUAUGAUUCACAACCCUACUGCUUCAUGCUGUAUUUUUGUGAGAAUAAACACUGUUUUGUAUAUCAAGAUCAAGAAUAUGUUGUAAGUGGUAUAUGAUCAGUAUUUCAAAAGUAAUCAGCUUUUCUAAAAAACAUCAGAUAGGUACCCAUAUAUAUACAUAUGUAUAUAUGUAUAUAUGGCUUCCAUUGUGUGUGUAAACACACAUCUAUAGCUGAGUGUGUACACAUACAUAUACAUACAUAUAUACAUGUAUAUAUGUAUAUAUAUAUAAAUAUAAUGGGGGAGAGCACAUGCAUACAUACACACAUUUGAGGCUAAAUAUUAAGGUGUGAAUUAAAUGGUUUUUAACAUUUUAAUAUUUUAUUUUAGUUUUCAAGGAGAUUAUGGCUUUCAGACCCAACCACUACAAUUAAAUUAUGUGGAUUCAUUGGAAAAAUAGUGCACAUUAACAAAGUUUCUCUUUACUGCAGAUUUCAGAAUUUCUUGAUACAUAAAGAAAUAAUUCAUGCAAGUAAAAUAUACAGCAUAACUUUCACUGAAAUUAUUAUUGCAUAUUUAUGAGAUUCCACUGUAAUUAUAUUAAAAAGAAUUGAACUCAUAUUUUUCAAUGAUUCUGCUUGCUUAAGAGGCUCUUAAAUAAAUAGAUACAAAAGAGUCUCAAAAAUGCUAAUUUAAUUGACCACUGAAUGGAUCCUGAAAAUCCAGUUCCACUUAGCAUUGGAAAUGAGACAGGAAUUUCUUAACUUGAGUUAGAAUGUAUGUCGGAAUGUAAAGAGAUCAUUGUUUUUCAGGUCAAGUACUAUGUUCCAGUCAAAUAAGAAUUUGAGAUUUUUGAAACUGGAAAAAUAAAUGCAGUUUCAGAACUACAGAAAUGUAGAGGUGUACAUGAAGUGUUCAAUGAACAUAAACCAGGAUGUGUGUUUGUUGAAUUUUUUAAAAAACACUGAAAAAACAUUGUCUUAGAUCAAGAUAUUAUAGAAGAAAAUAAUUUCCCAAGUUCCUGAUAACUCCAGACCUGGGGGAGAGCAGUGUUGACCUCUGUUGUAACUGUUCUCAAGUCUGAAGUGAUGCCUACUUGACUUACCAUUUAAAUACCCUGACAACGUCAAAAGGAAAAUGAGCAUUGUUGUAAUUACAUUUUGUGUUUUAUUCUAAGUACUUGUUUUUUAUAUAAAAUUAUCAUAA